CUCCAGUCAAUACCGCCAUGUCCAUGGCGCCCAUCGAGGCCCCGCGACCCGCGAUGCGGCGCAAGUCGUCCGCCCAGAACCUCCUCUCGGGCUUCAAGUCCAAUACUGGCGGCAGCGGCGGCGGCCCGCCCCCCUCCUCCUUCCCCGUCAGCGCGAUGCCGAACACGGCGGGCCUGCCGUACUCGUCUGUGACGACCCCGACGACCGCCACCAUGAGCCGCGAGUGGGACGUGCAGUCGCUCCAGAGCGAGGGGAUCGCUGCGGCCGCGGGCGGGGCGAACGGGAACCCCCUGGUGCAAGGGACGUCGGUGGAGAUGUUGAGGGAACUGGUGAAGAAGAGGAUCAUCACCUUGACCUAUUUGAGGAACGUGCAUGAAGGGAAGAGCCAUUGGUUCCACACUAUUAUGAUUACACGAGUUGAACUCGAUCGUACGUUCACGAACGCGGCUAUGAAGCAACGAACAUAUCGGUUUGCCGUCUUGGGGAUGGCGCUUGCGAACCAGUUUGAGGUGAAGGAGCCCCAAGACUACCUACGAGGCCUUUCGAACGUGCUACUGGAGUACGAGCUAUUCAAGGAGGAUGGCGACAGGCCCAGGAUGCGGCUGUUCCGGACGAAAGGUUCCAAACGACCACCCGGCGCCGACUAUACAGUACCGUACACGGACCCUUCAGAAGCGUAUAUGACGCUGCCACAUAUACCCUUUCCCCUCGACUACCAUCAAACCCUCCUCUCCCUCCUCGACGUGCUUUCUGAGGUCUACAACAAGGUCUCCAAAAUCCUCGGCCCUUCGCCAUUCACCGGUGCCGGCCAUAACAUGAUGGGCCCCCUUGGGCUUCUAUCACCACAUCCGGGCGUGUCCUACCUAUUCUCCGGGAUGGACGCUGCGCCACAUUCGACCGAUGCCGACAGCAGCCUUUGGGGCAUCGCGCACGCGUCCGUUAUGGGCCCCGGCGGCGCAGCUGGCCCCGGCGCCAUGUACGGAGGUGGUCCCGGCAGCCCGCCACCGAGCUGGACGACGACGCUGGGCGACACGGUGCGGCAGAUUGACAAUAAGCUCAAGAAACUGAUCGCGACGCUGCUGAAGGAGCUCGACGACUGCGCGCGGACAGGGAUCAAGGACGAGUUGGCAUCGCUUGAUCCGCUAUUGCGCCACGUCGCGGGGGUGGAGGAGGUGCGGGAGGGCAUGUUUGAGUUUGAUUGAGCAGCUGCAGGCGCUGCGAGCGCCGCGUCGCGUCGACUGUUCGCAGUUAGGAUGUGUACCAGGACGCUCGGAUUGGACAUACGGUAACUUUAUAGCUCUAUCUAAUGGUGUACCCUGCUGUACUAAGUAGUAACUAGACGAGACCCCCGCCUUGCUGCGCGCGUUGUGCGCAAUGGCC